ACAAGCACACACACAUACACAGAGAUACAAUGAAAACACCGAAAAAAAUCUUCAUACGUACAAAUGAAUUUGCAGUCAAACAAAAGACCAAAUAAACUUUUUCGGCAUUGAUGUGUUAGCAGGAAAAAAAAUUGUUGACAGUAUACUUGGUAAUAAAAAAAAUCACGAUUUAGAUUAUUUCACAAAUUAUUGUUAUUGAAAUAGUAUCAAAUCAAAGUGUAAAACUCUGUGAAAAUGAGCAAGAUGUCAGGCAAGAUGUCAAAGAAUAAAUUGAAUUUAACAUUGCCACCUGGUUCGGUGGAUACAUCUAAUCCACCGAAUGUUCCAACCCCACCAUUCAAAACACCAUCUGGUACAGAUCGUUCGAACUUAUUGAAUCAACCUAAAAACAGCAUUGAUACAAUAACACAAACACUUGAAGAGUUGGAUGUUGACGAGCCUGCUUUAAACCGUAUUAAAAUCUUUUUAAGUCAAAAAGAGCAAAUGGGUGAAAUUCGUGAUGAAGAUUUGGAAAAACUUGGCGAACUUGGUUCUGGAAAUGGUGGUGUUGUGAUGAAAGUACGCCACAUUCCCACGCAAUUGAUUAUGGCACGGAAAAUGAUUCAUUUAGAAUUGAAACCGCCAGUUAAGAAGCAAAUUAUCCGCGAAUUAAAGGUGCUGCAUGACUGCAAUUUUCCGCACAUUGUUGGUUUUUACCGUGCUUUUCAAACCGAUGGUGAAAUUAGCAUUUGCAUGGAGUACAUGGAUGGCGGUUCAUUGGAUUUGAUUUUAAAGCGAGCUGGUCGUAUUCCCGAACCAAUUCUUGGAAAAAUUACACUCGCUGUGCUCAAAGGAUUGAGCUAUUUACGCGAUAAACAUGCAAUCAUGCAUCGAGAUGUUAAACCAAGCAACAUAUUGGUAAAUAGCAACGGUGAAAUCAAAAUUUGCGAUUUUGGCGUAUCCGGACAAUUGAUUGACUCCAUGGCAAAUUCGUUUGUUGGCACACGAAGCUAUAUGUCGCCAGAGCGUCUUAAUGGUGAUCACUAUUCGGUGCAGUCUGAUAUAUGGUCAUUGGGUUUGUCACUUAUUGAAAUGGCGAUUGGUGUGUAUCCAAUACCUCCACCUGAUCCAAAAUUCAUAGAUCAAAUACUCAAUGAGCAUUCGAACCAACCACCGCCUGAACCAAAAAUGAUGGCCAUUUUUGAUUUGCUAGAAUGUAUCAUUAAUCAACCACCUCCACGACUCGAACACAAAAGUUUUAGCGCCGAGUUCACAGAUUUUGUUGAUAAAUGCUUGAAGAAAGAUCCGAAUGAACGUGCCGAUUUAAAAACACUUUUGGAACAUCCGUGGAUUGAAAAGUAUGAAAACGAACAUGUUGAUGUUGCUGGAUGGGUUUGCAGUACAAUGAAUUUACCGCCAUCAACCCCAAACUAGAUUAGUGAAUGAACAAUAGCUUUAUCAUUUUGUGUAAUUGUAUUUUAUCUUUCUUGUUUUCAUUUGAAUGCUUUAAGUGUGUUAUAAAUUAUCUAAAGAAAAAAGAAGGAAAUCAAUUAGGAUGUUAUAUAUACAAUUAUAUAUCAAACACAAGUGGAAAACUCAUUUUGAAUGCCAUCACAUAUUAGCCGUCAAUUCAUUCUUCUAUAGCAGCAAGUAUAAAAAAAGAUACUCAAAGUAUUUAUACCGAAAAACGUAUUCUCCCGUCUCUUUUGAUAAUAUUUUGCUCGAUGUGACAGCGGAAUAUUCAAAUAAUAAUCAUAUUUUAACUGGAUUUAAUCAAAUAACAUUUGUGAUUUCAGAUAUGUAAAAAAAUAAGAUAAACACAAAACAAAAUAUUUCCAGGCAAACAAAAAAGAAAUAAUGUAUGUAUUUCAUUGUAUAUGAAUAUGAAAGACAGUAAUAUAAAUAAAACGUCGAAAAUGUGAGUAAUUUUAAUCAUGAUAAACUAA